CAUCAUGAAAUCAACUUUAAACAUUUUUCUCAUUUGGAUUUUUUACAUCUUGCUACAUAUUGUUUCUGGAAAACGUGGUUUUGAUAUCGUAAUGGAAUCAUUAAAAUGUACAGCUGAUCCCAAAUACAUAGGUAAAAAUGAUUGUUUUAUUGAUAAGUCCAUAAAACAAGGUAAAGCAAAUGCUGAUCUUGAAUUCAUUCAUGAAAUUCCAACUCUUACUUAUUCAUUAACAAUUGAUGCUCUAAGAGGCAAUAGCGAACAUUUUACAUUGAUUAAUUUACAAAAUGCCGAUGGAUGUGCUUUUCUUGAGGGAAAACUUGAUGGAAAUUUAGUUAAAAUUUAUAGAGAAACAUUGAUUCAAGGUGGAAAUUUCCCAAUAAAGUGUCCUAUUGUCAAAGAUUACCAUCUUGAAUUGAAAAAUAUUGUGGUUGAUGUUGAAAAAUUUCCACCAUAUUUACCAGAAGCAAAGUUUGUAAUUAAGGCACAAGUUAAAAUGGAGAAAGUUCUAUUUUUAGAAAUUGAACUUAAUGGGACAGUUGUUCAAAAACGUAAAAUUGGAUAAAUCUAAAAUGACUAUUUUUCAAUAAACUUACAUAUUUGAUUUGUAUUAGGUAUUAAUAAAAUUGUAUUAAAGUUCUUAUUCCUUUUUCUCUUUCUAAGUUCUUUAUUGCUGGGUACUUGAUUUUCAAAAAACGAAUGUGUUUAAGUUGAAUUUUAUACGAGUAACACUUGUGAGACGUUUUUAUUGCAAGUUUAUUUUAUUUAUAUAGCUAACAACACAAUGAGCCCCAUUUCAGAAUGUACUAAGAAAAAAUAUGUAUUUACAUAAGAGUUUGAAGAAAGUUGAGGUUACAUGCAAAUGAUGAAGAUUGCCAAAAAGGAACGGGUGCAGGAGACCCAGAAGUAAUCGUGAACUUUCGCAAAUUUCAUAUUCCUUUGUAAGAUUAUAACCUUUAACAAGAACGAUAUAUAUUUUUUUAAUCCGAAAAAGGAGAGUUGUAGGCCUUACAGGAUGACUUUUAAUCUUUUAUCUUAAAUAUAAACUGCCAAAUUUGAUUAAAGGCUGAAAAGUCUGAAAAUUCAGUGGUUAUUAUCAAAAAAAGU